AUGGCGCUAUCCACUGCUAGUAACAUCCAGAGAGCGGAUCCAUCUACAAUACAGAACAAGUUUUUAGCCGGUUACCAAGGCUGGUUUACCUGUGCGGGAGAUGGUCCACCUAUCGGAAACGGACAUCAUGGCUGGAUUCACUGGAUGGGCCACCCGGGCGCACAUCUCAACAUAGACUUCUGGCCCGACAUGUCCGAGUACUCGCCGUCUGAGCUAUACCCUGUACCGGGUCUUAAGUACCUAGACGGCAGUCAAGCGCAUCUGUUCUCUUCGCGCAACCCUAAAACAGUACAAAGGCACUUUCAUUGGGCGGCUGAAAAUGGGGUGGAUGGUUUCAUGUUGCAGCGCUUUGUCGGUCAAUGCGACAUGGCACCUGAGAGGGAUAAUGAUGGAAUCCGCCGUCUUCGAGAUGAAGUUGGCGAUGUUGUUCGGGACGCUGCCGAGAAAGAAGGCCGCGUCUUUGCCAUAAUGUACGAUCUUGCUGGUGUUGGGCCGGACAGGAUCGAAAGGAUCAUCAGACAUGACUGGCUUCACCUUCUACGCGAUAAGCGAGUCCUUGAUAGCCCCAAUUAUCUAUACGAGAAGGGCAAGCCAGUCAUCACUGUCUGGGGUUUUGGAUUCGAGUUCCAGGAAGGAGCGCCCGAAAUUAUGCGGGCAGUCACAGAUUUCAUACGUAACUCGACGCCAGGGGGAGCGUACAUCAUCGGCGGCAUGCCCGCGCCUUGGCGGGAUAUGGAGCCCUGGAUGGCACCCGCCUACAUGGAAUGUUUCGACGCGAUAACGCCCUGGACCGUGGGCGUAUACAGCAAACGUGAAGAUAUCGAUUGGUUUGCCGAGUGGCGCAUCAAGCGUGAUAUUGAGUACUUGGAGACAUAUGAGAGGGAGACAGGCAAGCACGUCGACUAUCUACCGACGAUAUUACCUGGGAGCUCGGGCUACAAUACCUCUGAGGGGAAAUGGGUGUUCAACGGGUCUCCUCGGGACGGCGGGAAGUAUCUGUGGCGACAACUCUGGCAAGCGAGACGACAUGGAGCGAAGAUGUUUUAUGGGGCGAUGUGGGACGAAUACGAUGAAGCGACCAAUUACCUCCCCAUCGUUUCUCAACAGCAUCAAGUACCCAUUGAUGAUCAGGACAAGUUCAAGCUUCGUGCGCUGGAUGUUGACGGAUAUGUGCUACCAAGUGACUGGUACAUGCGUAUCGCGGGUUACGCAGCUGAAGCAUUGAAGGGUCAUUACAAAAUCGGCGAAGAGUUCCCGGAAGAGACCAUUCGGAAUUGGAAGACGACCCACCCGCGUCUAGAAACAACGUCUGGCGGCGUCACCGGCUCUGGACCAAGCUACCAGCAAUGGGAAGCUGAGGCUGCUCAGAGUAAUCCGGACGAGCCGCCCCCACCCCCGUACACUCUCGAAGUCGACGAGAACCAGGCUCACAUCCCGACGCCUGCACCUGUGGCACCCAUGAAUACCCGGCCUACACCUCCAGUGACCAGCUUGCGUCCAGAAGCACCUCUUCCUCCUCGUGGAACUCGGCCCGUAUCACAAUACAAUGCUGGGAACCUUUCUCAGAACUUCGCACAAAUAUCGAUCGACCCACGUCCCCCUCCACCUAGCCUCGCUACGAGACCAUCGCAGUCGGCGCGAAUGGCCGCGCAGGCAGACUCUCGCCCUCAGUCAUAUUUAGGCUCAAGCACCACCACCAGUCCUGCACAGUCACCCCAAUGGCCGCCGGCGGACUGGACGCAAUCAACGCCCUCUAGCCAUGCCAUCGAUACCGUCCCAAACAGUGAAAUACGAUCAUCAUACUCCCCGCCCCCUGGUCCGCCUCCCUCCCGCCCGCCACAUGUAGGGUCGUCGAACUCUUCGUACUACGCUGCACCCACAGGACCCCCACCGCCUCAAUCAGGAAGUAGUCCUAUGACGAUGCCUGGGCCUAGUUCAUACUCGCCCGCCCCCCUGUCUUUGAUGCCGGCUCCUGGUGUACCGAUGCCUGGCGGUAUGCCCCAACCUGAAUUUGUCGGAGGCUUUCAUCCUGAUGAAGAUCGGUCGGGGUACAAUCCAUCGUACUACGGACACUCACAGCUCCCUCGAGUGCCGCCUCGGCCCACCAGCGCUCACUCCCCGCCACCAAGCCACCCGCAAAGGGUAUCUGCUUAUCCGCCUUCGUCAGCUCCACCAUUACCAUCCCGACCCUCAGGAUAUGGCGAAAGCGGUGGGCAAUCGCAAUUCGGCCUUGGAAGAGGGCGUGGCGGCGGCUUAGUCGGAGGUAUGCUUGAUCGCAUUGGAAAUGAUCGUCGGAAGGCGCUCGAGCAACGGGUGGACUCCGUUACCCAAGCGGGCAGUAAACUCUUCGGGCGCCUCGGUGGGAGGUAG